AUGAAGAAGAAGAGACCAACAGAGGUAAAACCGAACAAUUUGCUAAGGCUAGUCGAACAGCGACUUCAAUCCCGACGACAAGGAUUUUCUAGUACUAAAGACCAGCAGGCACUAGAUAUACCUGAAGACUGCCUAUUCAACAUCGCUCUCCGGCUCCCCCUCGAGUCCAUCGUGACCUCAAGAUUCGUUUGCAAGUCAUGGUACAAAGUCAUCAACAGCCCCCAUUUCAUGAACUUGCACCUGACCCGUUCGGAACCCGGGUUAAUUUUCUUGGUUCCAAUCGCCAGAUCAAACUCGUCACACGAUCCUGAACCAAAAGUCAACUUCUCGGUCGAAGCCAAGUCAAUGGGCCUCGACUGGCCCCUUCUGGACUCGGCUCCCCCAUUAUACCACAUAAAGUUUCUAGAAAUCAAAAACGGCAAAGGCAUUACAAGAGAGUACAAUUUGACGUGCAUCGGCAAAAUUAAAGCGGCCUGCAAUUCCCUGAUCCUGCUCGAGAACUGUUCCAAGAAAGGUGGUGGGUUAAUCCUCAUGAACCCGGUGUCUCGGGAGCUCAAAAAUAUCCCGUUGGGCACAGUUUCUUAUGGGGGAGUCGAGUCAUACGGGCUGGCUUUUAGCAAAGAACUCAAAAUUUAUAAAUUAGUCCAUUUGUUUUUGGUGGCGGGCUUCAUCGGGUGUGAGGUCAUGGACAUCAGGCACGGGUCAUGGAGAGAGGUUGAUGGGCCACAGAACGUUCUUUACCGCAUGAGCUUGGGUAGCCCGAUUUUCGCUAUGGGGGCCCUGCACUGGAACCACCUGCCCAUCAGUAGUAAUAACGGGCAUUUGGUAUCAAUGACUUUGAAUGACGAGAAGUUUAGGACGAUACUCUUUGCUGAUGGCAUUCGGAUCUCGAAUGGGAUUUUUGAGAUGGGCGGGGUUGUUUGUUGCAUGUCGCGUGAGGAGGCCCAUUGGGUCAAUGUGUGGGCCUUAAGGGGUUUGGAUGGCGAGGGGUGGGAGAAAAUGUAUAGCAUAUGUGCUGAAGGGGUUGGGUAUAUGGUGCCCCUUUACUGUGGUGGAGGAGUUAAUGGAAAGUUUGUUUUCAGGAGUAAAGAUGGGGUUCUGUAUGCUUAUGAUCAUCGAUCGGGAGUUAUGGAGAAAAUUGGGACGACUUGGGAAUGGAGAAGCUAUCUUCCUCAUGUGAACGGUCUUGUCUCGUGGAGGAACUAA